AUGAGAUUUUUGUUAAGAGAGAGAUUAACGUGAUCAUGUUUAUGAGAGAUAUAAUUUGCAGUUGCAGGUAUUUGGGUUUUGGUCCUUGUUCUAUCAGGAUCACUACUCUUGGCUUGUCGGAUGCUGCUGGUAAAGCUAACAUUUACGUGUACAUAGAGAUGUCAAGUGAUAGUGAGUGUUGUGUUAACAAUGCGUGCAAGCGAUGAAUAGAGUUCGGUACCAACCUCGUAAGAAGCAUGACCACUUUAGAUAUGGUAUGAGCAAGCUCUACUGCCUUUUGCUACAUCAUGCGGAACACAUGUUAUUGCAUGCAAGUUGGAUGAUCUCAUAUAUUCUUCUAUACUGUAUUUGCUAACCGAGACUUCUACAAAAGAACCACAGAGUUAAAUAGGUGCCCGGGUAUUAGUCUUAUAUUUGCAUACAAUAAAGGAUCUAAAUUUAACCAAAGAAUAGUCCAAGUCCUUACCUUGAAUAUCUCAGUGCAGAGAUUUAGCUGCUGAGUGAAGAUUUCUUAGUGGUAAGAAUACAGUGCGGCAUUCGAUAUUACUCUCUUAAUGUUGAUUUCUGUCUUCGUUACGAUGAUAUCGUCUUUACAUUAUGCUCGUCAGCUUGUCACAGGUUUUCGCAUUUUCGGUUCUUUUCUCCUCUUGUUUGACAGAAGCACCUGCAACUUUCAGGCAGUUAGAGGAUCCCAGAUGGUUUGAUGCUUAGUUUUUUAUGUGCUUUCUUUCACUAACUCGUUUGCUGUCUCUGUGUAGACGUUUUAGGUGUAGACUCUCGGGCAUAAUAUGGUGUAUUUCUGUGUUAUAUUCACGUUAAUAUUGACUUCACAAUCGACAAGAUAACCUGCACAGUUUAUGUGUAGAAUACGAUUCAUAUCUUGAUACCAAUAUAGGUCGAAUCUGAGAAAACCUAAACAAGGAUUAGGCCACAUGUGAUGGAUUUGGGUUAAUAAAAUGGUCUAAUGAGGGACCAGGAGCUGAUACUUUGAAAGCAACAGAACAGGAGCGAAUCCCAUAUGGGGGGUUCCUUAUCUUCCAUCUCAACCACUAGUGAAAUCCUGUUUUGUCCUCUUCUUUUUCUGGCACUUCUCUGUCUUGUCGUUUUAUACAUAUGUUUAUGUAUAAAUAUCUCUGUUCUCUCUGUGUGUGUGUGAAAGUAUAUCAAGAAACGACAAUCUUUUUUUUCCUUCUCUGCAUGGCGUCUUCAGAUUCUCUUCUAUUGAAGGUGACAAGUUUCUUCCUGCUUACUCUAGCCGUUACCGUAAGAUCAGAGACAGAGCCACUGUGUGGUCAUCACUACAAGUCGAUCAUCAGCUUUGGAGAUUCUUUAGCAGGCACUGGGAAUUACCACCCUGCUCGUUGUGCCUUUCCUCCCUACGGCGAGACAUUCUUCCACCGUCCCACUGGCCCCUUUUCCAAUGGCCGUCUCAUCAUCGACUUCAUUGCUGAAUUUUUGGGGCUUCCAUACGUGGCCCCUUUCUUUGGAUCUCGGAAUAGAAGCUUCGAGAAAGGAGUUAACUUUGCAGUGGCUGGAGCAACAGCAUUGGAUUAUGGUCAGAAGAAUCGCAGUUUGGGAGAUCAGUUGAGCAGCUUCAGGCAGAUUUUGCCAACCCUAUGUGGCUCAGCUUCUGAUUGCAGAGAAUAUAUCAGCAAUUCGUUGAUCCUCAUGGGAGAGAUUGGAGGGAAUGAUUUCAACCACCCCUUCUACGCAGGCAAAAGCAUCAAGGAGAUCAGAUGGCUGGUCCAGCCCGUGAUCAACGCUAUUUAUUCGGCAAUCUCAGAGUUGCUUGAUAUGGGCGGCAGAACAUUUUUGGUACCGGGAAACUUUCCGAUUGGGUGUCUUCCGCCUUACCAGACAUUGUUUCAGAAUUCGGACAAGGGAGAUUAUGAUCCUUCCACAGGAUGUUUGAAAUGGCUCAACGAGUUUGCAGAAUACUAUAACGAAGAGCUUCAGGCAGAGCUCGACAGAAUCCAGAAGUUCCAUCCUCAUGCCCUCAUUGCCUAUGGCGAUUAUUACAACGUUGUGUUACGUUUUUUCCAAGAACCAGCCAGCUAUGGGUUUAUGGAACAUGGAUGUAUAUAUCGUAUAGUUCAGUCCACUCCUUCAGCUGUUGCUGUGGAGUGGGAGGGCCGUACAACUUCACGUUGGACAGAAUGUGUGGGCUGAAACGGGUGAGCCACUGCGAGGAUCCAUCAAAGUAUGUGAGUUGGGAUGGGAAACAUCUGACCGAGUCUUCUUACAGAUGGAUCGCCCAUGACUUGCUCCUCCACCCCCCCUUCACACUGUUAGGCUCUUUAUCAAAUUCAGACCACCUCAGUUUCAAUCUUAUUUCAUGUUUGUAAAACCAAUUAACCUGUCUAUGGGGUAAACAAGAUUAAGAAUAAGACCAAUACUAUGUGAGGAUUGUGAUUAUGAACAUUAUGUUUUUUUCUAUCAUGGACACUGUCGGUCUCUA